AUGAUAAAAAUUAUAAUAUUAGUUUUUUGUUUUUUUACAACAAUAGUUUCUUCACAAAGUAACCAAAAUAUAUGUAGUGUAUAUACCUGUAAUUCUACCGGAUGUUUUGAAACUCCAAAGUGCCCACAAACAUCUAAUAAAUGUUUUGUUACUUCCUGUGACACCCAAACUGGUCAAUGUAUUGACACUCCAAUACCCAAUCCAUACGAAACCAAAUGUGUAAUAUCGACAUGUAAUCCAUUAAAUGGUUUUUUCUCUGUUGUCCCAGUUUUAUGUAAAGAUAGAUCAGAUGAGUGUUUAGUUGGUAAUGGUUGUGAUAUAUCUGUAGGCUGCCUAUAUCAACCUCAAUUUACAUGUUCAAAUAAAUCCGAUCAAUGUUUAAAUGUUAUUGGAUGUGACCCAAAGUUAGGUUGCCAGUACGAAUCAAAGUGCAAUAGUGUUUAUAAAUGUAGUUUAUAUUCAUGUAGCUUAACUGGCAAUGGUUGUAUUAAAACUCCAAAGUGCCCACAAACAUCAAAUAAAUGUUUGACUUCCUCGUGUGAUGCUCAAACUGGCCAAUGUAUUUAUACUCCAGUUCAAUUACCACCAUCAAAUAAUAUAUGUUCAAAUUAUUCAUGUAACCCUUCUACCGGUUUAUUUACACCAACACCAAUUAAUUGUCCUGAUAGAUCCAAUGAGUGUCUUAUUAAUACUGGUUGUGAUGCUAAAUUAGGAGGAUGUCAUUAUAAAUCUUCA